CACACACAGCGCGCGCACCCGCACGUGCGCACACCUCAGUCCGCUGAUGUGCGUUCCAUAUUCCAGUGGCGCGCGACGCGUCGUGACGUAGCGCCGGCGGAGGAAAUCCCAUAAAGCGCCACGUGAGAGCCACUGGAGACAGAGUGUCCGCGGACGGGAACGUAAACACGCGACAUGAUCUGGACCGUCCUGCUGCUCGUCCUGCUCUACGUCCUGGCCACGCACCGGUCGAGGUCUAAGAAUGAUCCGCCUCUGGACAAAGGACUAAUCCCGUGGUUGGGACACGCACUUGAGUUUGGAAAAGAUGCUUUCAAGUUCUUGAAUCGAAUGAAGCUGAAACAUGGAGACAUUUUCACAGUGCGUGUUGCUGGACAUUAUGUGACAGUGCUGCUGGAUCCACACUCAUACGACGAAGUCAUCAAUGACUCUGACUCCCUGGACUUCGCGCGCUACGCACAGGUGCUCAUGGAGAGGAUCUUCCGCCUGCGGCUCCCACACCACCAGUCAAAUAAAGAAAAAGCCAUGAUGAAAAAGCACUUCACUGGAAUGAAUCUGGCCGCCCUGAACAGCACCAUGAGCAGACACCUGCUGGCCUUACUGAAAGCUGAGACGCCUCAGAACCAGAAACACUGGAAAGACGAGGGACUGUUCAACUUCUCCUACGGCCUACUCUUUAAGGCGGGGUACCUGACGCUGUUCGGAGGAGAACAGAACAACAACGGCUCGGAUCCCUCACGUGUCUAUGAGGAGUACAAGAAGUUUGAUGGUCUCCUAACCAAAAUGGCGAGGGGCACACUGAAGACAGACGAGAAGAGGACCGCCCACAGGGUUCAGCAGAGAUUGUGGGAGCUCUUGGCUCCAGCGGGUCUGACCGAGGACGACGGGUCGAGCCCGUGGCUUCAUGGCUACAGGCAGCUCCUGCAGGAGGAGGGGGCCGAUGACGACACGCAGAAAAAGGCUGUGCUGAUGCAACUCUGGGCCACGCAGGGUAAUGUUGGUCCGGCUGUCUUUUGGCUCUUGGGCUACUUGUUGACAAAUCCUGAAGCUCUGACGGCAGUGAGGUGGGAGUUCAGCCACAUCUCACAGGUGGAGACGUCAGACACGCCUCUCGUGGACAGACCUGUGAACACCCCUGUGUUUGACAGCGCUUUGGAAGAGACACUGAGACUCACCGCUGCCCCCUUCAUCACCAGAGAGGUGGUGCAGGAAAAGACCCUGCACAUGGCUGAUGGCCAAGAGUAUCUGCUGAGGAAGGGAGACCGGGUGUGUUUGUUCCCCUUCACCAGCCCUCAAAUGGACCCUGAGAUUUACCACGAGCCGCAGAAGUACAAAUACGAUCGCUUCCUGAAUGAAGAUGGAUCAGCGAAGAAGGAUUUUUAUAAAGGAGGGAGGCCGCUGAAAUAUUACACCAUGCCGUGGGGUGCAGGGACCAAUGGCUGUGUGGGAAAGCAGUUUGCCAUCGACACCAUCAGACAGUUCGUCUACUUGGUGUUGACUCACUAUGAUUUGCAGCUGUGUGACCCACACGCUCCGAUGCCGGAGGUAAACGCCAAUCGUUAUGGAUUUGGGAUGCUGCAACCAGAGGGGGACUUGCUUGUCCGAUAUAAACUGAGGAGUACCCACCAGCACUAAACAAGAGACUUUUUUUUAUGUACAUUUCAACGCAAGCACAUUGUUGUCAAUAUAUGCCCUUUGUACUUUUAUAUUCUAUAUUUAUAUUGUACAGUAUAUAAUAUUUAUAAAAAGAUGUA